GCUACAGGAGGGGAGCAAGGUUUUCUCACAAAUGUCUGAGCAGGGGCAGGGUUUGUGAUGUCAGUCGAGAGGAAACAGAUAAAACGUUUAGCGCGUUAGUUUGAUCUUCAAAAAAUCUAAAGCGCAGCAGGACUUGCAGCACAACGGCGUGGGCAAGAAUGGGAGCUCAGAGACAUGAACAUGCAAGAGGAGUUUACGCACACUUGAAGGUGAUUUGAAAAACACUUUUUUCACGGACACAGCUCUAUAUUUUGGAUGCUACCUGAAUUACGUAGAAUAAUUAUUCGUCUGUCAGUCCUUUCAGGUUGGCUACUUCUUAUUUUAAGAUCAGAUUCCUCAGCAUUGCUUUGAUAUUUGGCAGUGGGCACUGGUGCUGAUACGGCAGGACUUCUUCCUUUGACAGACUUUAGGCUAAUUACCCACCUGAAUCUUUCACCUAGCUUGCUUGAUAACAAUUUAGCCCAAACAUACACGUAGAAUGUAGACUUUCAUUUAUAGGUUGCCACAUCAAGGCGGUUCCAUACUUUAAUUGUGGGAGAGAAGCAAAGUGCGCUCGACUGAGCAAGACCUCAAAUAAUCUCAGCUGUGAGACACGGGAAAUGUUUCUCGCUGAUUAAUCAAUAUAUCUAUUACAUUUCAGAAUGGAACAUAACAGUAAAAUGGGUUAUGUUUACACAUAGACUAUGUCAAUUUGUAGCAAAUACGUGCGUAAUUCUUAUUUUACAGUGAAUAGGAUAACGUUUGUUGGCUACAUUGGCCAGAUUCGCAAAACGCUCAGCGUUCGAAUUCCUUGAACUGCCAUGUUAUAGAUUAGUUUGACUCAUAGGUAUGCAAAGCAGUAUUAGAGAUGCAGGAGUGAAUACUACAAUGAUGAGUCGAUAGUGACCCACCUUUGCAGACUGUUCUCAAUUCACUGGGACUUACAAGUGAAAAUCCAGUAGCUUAAGAGAGGAGGGGACGUCCUGAAUUAGCCUACUAAACCACACUUUAUGUCCCCAAGGAUACUAAGUUGUUGAUCAGAAGCAAGACGUCAAGGUGGUUCCCUGAGACUUGUCCCCCCCCCUUAACUCACUAGCCUAUAUUGCACUGAUUUUCUUCUUUGCCUACUGUCUGGUAAACCGGCGUGUUAGGCGCUCAAAGCUGCUUUAUUCUCACGUGUCAAAACAGAUUUAUGGAGCUGAAUCCCUCAAGACAGCAAAUUGGCUUCUUACGUUUAAGUUUAAACUUUGUUUUUUCCAGAUACAUACGGAUUUUUAUGUUACAUAUUUGGAGUAAUAAGUGGCCAGUAUCGACGUAAUGCAUGAGUGUGAUCUGCUCAAUUAACUCGCACUGGGCUGCUUGUUUGUGCUGCUCUCUCUUUCUCUCCCUCUCUCAUUCCUGAAAACCUGAGCUCAUAACUUAAUUUGUUAUCAUAUUUAACUCUUCAUAGAAAUUGAAAUGAUGUUCGUCAGACUACUGGUUAUUAUUUUUGUUGUAGUUAAUUCAUGGCUGCUAAAAUCCGCUCAAUCAGAUCAUAUUCAAAAGUACAAACAGAUUCUUGCUCAGAGAGCAGACAGGGAACACGCUGCCAUAGCAAGUGAACAGUGCGGUUCAGUCAGCCGCAAAAGGCUGGCUCGAGCACCGGCCCAAUACUACCCCCCAACGGCUUUACCUGGGAGACGCACACGACUGAAAGACAUAUAUCAUGAGGCAACUCGAGCUGGACAGUCUUGCGCAGGUGCUUGCACUCCCGAUAGCAGCAUUAGUGCAGGGAAAUUAAACAACGUUUGGGAUGCCCGUGGAGAGGGGUUCAAAGAGAACCAAGUGGGAUCAUUGCGGAUAGACAGAUUGGAUACAAUCUCAGAGACACAGAGAGUUUCGACCUCCUCUCCCCAAAGUUCUGACAUGAGAAGCCCCAGUCCCAUGAAUUCCUACAGGGCACAGUUAUCAGACAAACACCAGCAGCACUCUCCUGAGAAGUUUGCUCUGAGGGGCAGGCAGAGGCGCAUGACUGACAGCCCCUCUCCACCACCACAAAGGCACAGGCGCAGCCCUGUCCAACCACAUGUCGGACUCCUGGACAUUUUCGACCAAAAGAUGGGCUUCGCCCAGGAUGUGCACAGUGACCACUCCAGCGACUACUCAGCUGAGAGCGAGGACUACUCUGGGGAGCAGGAGGGGCAGUCCAGCCCAGUGAAUGAGCCAUGGGGCCGGAGUGCUCGGGAGAUCCCACCUCAGUGGAUGACCAUGCUGUACUUUGGUGGAAGAAAAGAGCAGCUGAAGAUCAAUCCAGCGGCUGGCAUUGAGCUUCCCCGCAAAAGGUUCAGCAUCGAGCUCUGGGUUAAGCCAGAAGGAGGGCAGAACAGCCCAGCCAUCAUUGCAGGAGUGUUUGACAACUGUUCUCACCCUCUGAAUGAGAAAGGGUGGUCAGUUGGUAUUCAGACAUCUGAGCCAGGUGGGAGAAAAGAUGGCAGGUAUUUCUUUUCCCUCUGCACGGACCGCAACCCCAGAGCCACCACUAUCAGAGGCCACCAGCACUAUCGUCCGAACAUCUGGACUCAUUUGUUGGCCACCUACGACGGCAACAGGAUGGCCCUGUAUGUGGACGGGGCGAAGGUAGGGGAGAGCAGCCAUCAGACCGGCGCUCUGUACAGCCCCUUCAUGAGGACCUGUCGAAUGUUCUUCCUGGGUGGGGACCAGGCGGACUCCAGGCACAGUUUCCGGGGGCACGUGGGUGGCGUGCGCCUGUGGGGUCACCCGCGCGCCCAUGAGACGCUGCUCGCCGGGAACAGCCAGAAGGAGAGGCAGAGCCCACUGCUUGCCACCUGGGAGGACUUUACUCGCGCUGAUCAGUGGUGGCUACCCUACAAGGACGGGCACUAUCCGGCCGUGCUGGCCACGCCCCAUCCCGAGCACGAGCUCGUCUCGGCCUUCCUGCCCCCGCCGUGCGGCCUGACCAUCUGCGACAACAAGGAUGUCGUCCUAAGCUACGGCGAGCACUGGCAGCUUCGCGCGGAGAAGCACAUCCGUUACCGCGUGGUCAACGUGUGUGAUGACGAUGGCAGCCACCCUACCGUUUCUGCCAUCCAGAUCCAACGGCAGCACCGGGCCCUGGCUGCGGCGUUCCGGCCUUACAACCUGACCCUGGAGCUCAGCGUGCACACCGUGCACAACUCCUCCCUGCGCCAGCGCUUUAUCCUGGGCAGCUGUCUCAACGCCAAGAUCGGGAACAAGCACUGUGACCCUGAGUGUGACCACCGACUGACCGGCCACGACGGCGGCGACUGUCUGCGCCAGCGGCCCUGCUACCCCUGGAGGCGGCGGGAUGGGGAGUGCAACAUGGAGUGCAACAACGUGGACAAUGAGUACGAUGACGGAGACUGCUGUGACCCAGACAUCACUGAUGUGGCCAAGACCUGUUUUGACCCUGAGUCUUCGUACAGGGCUUACCUGAGUGUCAGAGAGCUGAGAGACCUGCUUCAUCUGAACAGCUCCAAGACACUCAAUGUCUUCUUUGCCAACAACUCAGCCCGCGAGGAGCUGGCCGGCGCAGCCACCUGGCCCUGGGCGAAGGAGGCCCUCACCCAUCAGGGUGGCAUGAUUCUAAACCCCUCUUACUAUGGCACUGUGGGGCACAAUAACACCAUGAUCCACGAGAUGGGCCACAUCUUCGGGCUCUACCACGUUUUCAAAGGCGUCAGCGAGCGGGAGUCAUGCGAUGACCCCUGCCAAGAGAUCGAGGCGUCCAUGGAGACGGGCGACUUGUGUGCCGACACAGCACCCACCCCUAAGUCCAAGGCUUGCCGCGAUCCAGACCCAGUCAAUGACACCUGUGGCUUGACCCACUAUUACAACACACCGUACAGCAACUACAUGAGCUACACAGAUGAUAACUGCACCAAUCACUUCACACCCAAUCAAGUGGCGAGGAUGCACUGCUACGUAGAUUUAAUCUACCGAAGUUGGGUUGAGGACCGAAAACCCGCCCCAGUUCCUCUUGCACCAAUGGUGGUUGGCCAGACAGGAGACUCAGUCUCAAUCCACUGGCUGUCUCCAAUCAGUGGUCCACUCUAUCAGAGGGAGGGUGAUGUGAACUGCCAGAGAUGUGAUGAGGAUGGGGUCCUUUAUCAGUAUGCCCACGAAGCUUCGUCCCCUCACGCAUGCGACACCUCCGGGUACUGGACGCCCGAAGAAGCUGUUGGUGCCCCUGAUGUGUACCAGCCGUGUGAGCCCAGCAUGCAGACCUGGAGUCCUGAGGUGAGCCUGUAUGAUGCCAACAUGACCUCACCCUGUCCCCUGGGCGAGGGCUGCGUGCUGGAGCUCCUCUUCCUCCACCCCGUUGUCCCUGACAGCCUGACCGUCUGGGUCACCUACAUCUCAGCCAGUAAUCCAGCCAUAUCUGAUAUAGAGUUCAUCCUGGAGACUGGCGAGACGCUCCACAUGGGCCCUCACAGUGUCCUCUGUGACGUCCCUCUCACGCUCCGAGUGCACACCAGUAAGAGAGUGGCCACCGUCAAGAUCCACACCUUCGACAAGAAGAUGGAGAUCGAUGCCAUGUUGCUGACCUCGCGGCCCCGCAACGCACUCUGCUCCAGCUGCCAGCCUCUGCGCUACCGGCUCCACAGGACGCCGGCCUUCACGAGGGAGCGAGGCCCCGUGCACCUGAGUCAGCUGACCUACACAGACAGGGAUGUGGUGAGGGGUUUGCAGUACCAGUACCGGGUGCAGGUGGAUGCUGAUGGCAGACUGAGCGAGCUCUCCCCACCGUUGCUCUACAGCCACCCCCAGCCCUUCUGUGGGGACGGCCUGCUGCAAGGGAUGGAGAGGUGUGAUGAUGGGAAUCUCUUGGAUGGAGACGGCUGCUCGAAAAUAUGCCUGAUGGAGCCAGGCUUCAACUGUGAAGGUCAGCCGAGCCUGUGCUACGUCUUUGAGGGCGAUGGCGUGUGUGAGGAGUUCGAGAAGGGCUCCAGUGUGCAGGACUGCGGCUACUUCACGCCCGUCGGCUACACGGACCAGUGGGCCUCCGCUGCCUGGGCGUCCCACCAUGACCAGCGAUGCCCAGCCGCUGCAGCCACGGGGGAACCGUCUAUCUCCCAGAUGUGCAAGUCCCAGACUAUGGACGUAGACAACGCAGUAACACAAGAGGCAUGGGUUCCAUGCACAGCUCCGUCCCAGAUGGGCAGCUACUAUGAGCAGCAGCAGCAGCAGCAGCCCGUGUGGCUCAAGGUUGGAUUCGAGCAGCCGGGGGUGGCAGCCUCCGUUAUCGUCUAUCUGACGUCCGACGGAGGUUGGCAUGGCGACCAUUGCAGGAGUACCGUCUCCAUUCAGCUGUGUGACACUAAUGGGAAAAACCAUUCGCUCGGUGACUUUGAGCUGUCGUGCCAGCAUAACCCCCUGGUGGUGAACGUGACUCAUAACCUGAGCGCGCCCUUCUUCCUGACCUCGGCCGUGCUGCUCAACUUCUCGUCGGCGCUCGUGGGCGUGACGGGCGUGGCCCUGCGCACCUCCUGUCUCUUCAGCGCCUUUGCCCUGACUGGGUGUGCGCGCAGACCCUGUGGCAUGGACAGCUGCAGGCCAUUGCAGAUCGAGCACGCUUUCGUUACAUGCACCGCCGGGACCGAUGUGACCCGCUGCUCGGUCCUCUGCCACCACGGCUACACGCUCGGCGUCCUCAGCGGCAAAGGCCUUCCAUCCCAUCAGCGAGCCAUCAAUGUGAGCUGCAGUCAUGGCGUGUGGGAGCGGGUGGUUACGUGCCAGGCGGUGGACUGUGGGCUGCCCGAUCAGUCGCACGUCUUUUUUGCUACCUUCUCAUGUCCGUCAGGCACAACGUUUGGAAAGCAGUGCUCCUUCUCCUGCAAAGCCCCUGCUAUUUUACAAGGGGACAGUGAUACAUUGGUAUGUUUGGAGGAUGGCCUUUGGUCCUACCCUGAAGCCUACUGUAAGACAGAGUGUCCAGAUCCUCCAGUGGUGCCCAAUGCCAGACUCCUGGUGCCCGAGUGUGAUGGUAGUGGCCACGACGUGGGGACAGUCUGCCGUUACAAAUGCAUCCCUGGAUAUUAUGUGUCCGACAGUCUAAAUAAGAAAAUAAGAAAGAGGUUUCUGAAGCUGGAGUGUCUGGAGGGCGGCCGAUGGGAGACGGGCAGCUGCGUCCCGGUCUCGUGCCCUGUGCUGCCCGCCAUGUUCGAGGGCAUGUACACCUGCACCAACGGGCUGGACUUUGACACGGUCUGCACUCUCCACUGUCCCGGACUCGCAGAGAAGCACUCGAUUCGCUGCACAAAAGACGGGCGAUGGACGGAGGACUUGCACAUGUGCAAAAAUAUCGAGGGCGAUUGUCUUCCGCCAGCUGACCUCAACUUGGUGGAGUACAUGUGUGAAGAUGGCUACAGUAUUGGUGCUGUUUGCUACCCAACAUGCAUUGUGGCCUUGAGCGACCCAGUGGUGUUGACCAAUGGGACCACUGCUGACACAGUCAAGCACUGGAUGCUACCCAGCAAAGUUGAGAGUAUUGUCUGCACUGGUAUGAAGAAAUGGUACCCAGAUCCCAAGAGCAUCCAUUGUAUUCAGUCCUGUGAGCCAUUCGGAGGCGACGGCUGGUGUGAUACCAUCAACAACCGGGCAUACUGUCAGUAUGACGGCGGAGACUGCUGUCCUUCAACGCUUUCCACCGGAAAGGUCAUUCAGUUUGGAGUGGACUGUGAUCAUGAUGAAUGCACUUGCCGCGAUCCUGAGGUAGAGGAGAACAAGAACAAAGGCAAACCAACAGACCCAGGACAGCUUUGAGUGAUGGGAAAAGAUUUACUGUAUAUGGACAGCUCCAAUGAGACAAAAAGAACUCGCAGAUGGGCAAUACAAAUGAACUCUGUCAUGUUCUCAUCACAGAAUGGCAUGGUGAUCAUGUUGUAGCCAAAAGCAGUAUAUCAAGUAGCAGGUGCUUCAGAAGUGCACAUAAAGUUAUACUAAUCUAUAAAAACCUUCACUAAUAUAUUUUGGACAAUCUCUAACAUAGAAGUAGGUGUAGAUGUAAAAGAUUAUUUUAACAUCAUAUCACACAACAAUGUAUGUCCUUUAUCCUUAUGGAACAAUUUGCAAACAUGCUAGUUAGAUGAAUAUGUAAGGUACAUCUGAUUUCAGAGGUUUUAUACAAAUAUUAAGUACAUUUAUGAGAGUACUAGCUUGUUUUGUGUCCUAUCGAAAUAUCAAUAAAUUUAUCUGAAGCACA